AUGGGCAUCCGUCCCCGAUCCAGAGAGCAUUGGGACCGGCCGUGGCACACCACCGAAGGAUGUGGACACGGCUGCUCCCCAGAAGCAUCCGUCGCCAGAGGAGAAGGAAGUCGCCUCCGGUGCCACGACGGCAACGGUGUGCUCUUGGCCAGCGACACCGCGAGUGCGCCGCAGGAGGCGGAGAGGGAGAGCGAUCUUCCGGACAGCGACGAUGUGGCCGCCGAUGGUGUGACGUCUGUUGUGGGACAAUCAUUAGGAGAUGAGGCCGCCAGCGACAAGGCCGGUGGCGGUGCCACAGCCACGGGACCCAGGAGCCGUGAUGCCGCUGAUGACGCGCAGGGCGCCGUGGACCCUCCGCCGAGGGAGGAUGAUGCGGCGGUGGGGCGCGGGGGUUAG